UCCAGCCGGCCCCGGGGAGAAUCGACGCCGCGCCGGCUCAGCUGCCCGGCUUGGCCCCUGCCCGGCGCAGAGGACGCGGAGAAUAUUCCUGGUGAUAUUGGAAGAGCUUAUAUCAUGGAAUCGAUCUCUAUGAUGGGAAGCCCAAAGAGCCUUAGUGAAACUUUUUUGCCUAAUGGCAUCAAUGGAAUCAAAGAUGCAAAGAAGGUUACCAUAGGUGUAAUUGGAAGUGGAGAUUUUGCCAAGUCCCUGACCAUUCGACUUAUUCGGUGUGGCUAUCAUGUGGUCAUAGGAAGUAGAAACCCUAAAUUUGCUUCUGAAUUUUUUCCUCAUGUAGUAGAUGUAACUAAUCAUGAAGAUACUCUAACAAAAACAAAUAUAAUAUUUAUUGCUAUACAUAGAGAGCAUUACACAUCCUUGUGGGACCUGAGACAUCUGCUAGUGGGUAAAAUCCUGAUUGAUGUGAGCAAUAACUUGAAGGUAAACCAAUACCCAGAAUCUAAUGCUGAAUAUUUGGCUUCAUUAUUCCCGGAUUCUUUGAUUGUCAAAGGAUUUAAUGUUGUCUCAGCCUGGGCACUUCAGUCAGGACCUAAGGAUGCUAGCCGACGGGUUUAUAUAUGCAGCAACAAUAUUCAAGCACGACAGCAGGUCAUCGAACUUGCCAGACAGUUGAAUUUUGUUCCCGUUGACCUGGGAUCAUUAUCAUCAGCCAGAGAGAUUGAAAAUUUGCCCCUCCGACUUUUCACUCCCUGGAGAGGGCCAGUGGUAGUAGCUAUAAGCCUGGCGAUAUUUUUUUUCCUUUAUUCCUUCAUCAGAGAUGUGAUACAUCCGUUUGUCAAAAAUCGGCAGAGUGAUUUUUACAAGAUUCCUAUUGAGGUUGUGAAUAAAACCUUGCCCAUCGUUGCCAUUACGUUGCUGUCCCUCGUAUAUCUGGCUGGCCUCCUGGCAGCUGCCUAUCAGCUUCACUAUGGAACUAAAUAUAGGAGAUUUCCAACUUGGCUGGAGACCUGGCUACAGUGUAGAAAACAGCUUGGAAUACUAGGUUUUUUCUUUGCUGCAGUUCAUGUUGCCUACAGUCUCUGUUUACCAAUGAGAAGGUCAGAGCGGUACUUGUUUCUCAAUAUGGCUUACCAGCAGGUUCAUGCAAACAUUGAAAACUCCUGGAAUGAGGAAGAAGCUUGGAGGAUUGAAAUGCAUAUCUCUUUUGGCAUAAUGAGCCUUGGCUUGCUCUCUCUCCUGGCAGUCACCGCCAUCCCUUCAGUGAGCAAUGCUUUAAACUGGAGGGAAUUCAGUUUUAUUCAGUCUACACUUGGCUAUGUUGCUCUGCUCAUAAGUACUUUCCAUGUUUUAAUUUAUGGAUGGAAGCGGGCUUUUGAAGAAGAGAGCUACAGGUUUUAUACACCACCGAACUUUGUUCUCGCUCUUGUUUUGCCCUCAGUUGUAAUUGUGGGUAAGAUCAUUUUGCUCCUUCCAUGUAUAAGCCAAAAGCUAAAGAGAAUUAAAAAAGGCUGGGAAAAGAGUCAACUUCUAGAAGAAGGUAAUCGAGGAGCAGUUCCACAUCUCUCUCCAGAGCGCGUGACAGUAAUGUGAUGUUGAAUGGUGCUUGCUGAUGUCAUGGAAAGAAAAUUCUACUCAUGCUAUUGUUUUUAUGAAGUCUCCUGUUGUAAGAACACUGGCAAAUUAACUGUUGUGGAUGGACUGAACCCUGUUUAGUCAGUUUCCACCCAAACUAAGUAAGGAUUGAUGUCAAAUUACU